UUUUAAGCGGCGCGAUGGGGGUGGGGCUUCAAGGAUGCCCACGCUCCUUCGGCCCUCUACGGACUUUGAAAGGCAGAGGCGGGAGCCAAUCAGAGAGUUGAUUUCCUUCCGGAAUACGCGUUUGCCCCGCCCACGCCGCGGCCGUUACUGGUGGCGCGCGCGCGCGCGCGCUCAGGGGGCGACUCAAAGUAAGUGAGUUCUGGGGCCUUCGCCCGCGGCUCCCGGGUACCAUCUUGGUCCUUCCGGAAGGCGGGAGGGGCGUGCCCUGGGUGCGUCCUGGCCCAGACCAUGGAAGACACCCAGACUAUUGACUGGGAUGCUGAAGAAGAGGAGGAGACCGAGCAAUCCAGGGAAUCCUUGGAGCAUAGCUCAGAACCUGUAGGGCAACUGAGAAUUUUCAGUGGCACACAUGGACCAGAAAAAGAUUUUCCACUAUACCUUGGGAAGAAUAUGGUAGGCCGAAGCCCUGAGUGUGCAGUGGCCCUGCCCUUUCCAUCCAUCUCCAAACAACAUGCAGUGAUUGAGAUUUUGGCCUGGAACAAAGCACCCAUCCUUCAGGAUUGUGGAAGCCUCAAUGGUACUCAAAUUCUGAGGCCACCUAAAGUCCUGAGUCCUGGGGUGAGUCAUCGUCUGAGAGACAAGGAAUUGAUUCUGUUUGCUGACUUUCCAUGCCAGUACCAUCACCUGGAUGUCCCUCAGCCCUUUGUCCCCCGGGGCCCUCUAACGGUAGAGGAGACCCCCAGGGUGCAGGGAGGAACUCAGCCCUCUCGGCUUUUGGUUGAGGACUCAGAGGAAGAAGUAGAUUUUGUGUCUGAAAGGUGUGAGGUGAAAGAAUCAGUGACCACAUCUUCCCCUUUGCCAACAAUGGUUCCAGAAAGUGAUGAAGAGGGCCCUUCCCCAGCCCCUGGUGGCUCUGGGACAUCUUUUCCUUUCAACUUGGACAGUGACACAGAUGAGGAAAAAGACCAACAACCAGCAAUAGGGAAGACCUCUUUAGUUUCAAGGAAAGAUGCCACUGCAGAGGCAGAGCUGCCUGAAGCCAGUGGAGCUCCAACUACUGUCAGACUAGUAAAGGCUCAGUCUACAGUAGAGAAUGACCAGUACACAAAAAUCAAGAAGGUUGUGGGAAACGGAGAGAUUCUGGUGAGGAGUCAGCCUCCUGAGGACAGUGACACAGAUAUGGAUGAAGAAAGCCGGUCUUCUGGCAGGCCAGCUGAUGUCCAUUGGGAAAGGGCUCAGGCUUCUGGCUUUGUGGACAGUGAUACUGACAUGGAAGAAGAGGGAAUUCCUGCCACCCCAGCUAUAGUUCCUAUGAAGAGGAGACAGAUCUUCCAUGGAACUGAUACAAAGGAUCCUGGAGCACCUGGUGUGGCACACGUGCAGGAGAGCCCAACUGGUAGUGAUACAGAUGUGGAGGAGGGUGAAGCUCCACUGGCUGUCCCUGCAAGGAGAAGCCAAACCUCUGUUGUGAUCAACAGUGAUACAGAUGAUGAGGAAGAAGUCUCAGCAGCACUCACAUUGGCAUGUCUGAAAGAGAAUGGAUCUGUUUUAUGGAACAGAGGCCCAGGUGUGGGAGAGGACAGAGUACAAUCUGCAGUCCUUCAAGAGCAAAGCCACAUUGACUCUGGAAGAGACAGUGACACAGACAUGGAAGACGAAUGGCUCCCAGUGGAAAAGAAAGAAACUGUCCCUAGUGGUCACACAGACAAGAAUGGGGCUCUUGUUACAGCAGAUUCAGAAAAAGGACAACCUUCUUUUAGGGACCAUGAUGUAGGUGAGAAAACAGAUGUGAGCUCAUCUGGGAUCCACCUACAGAGAAGCCAGACCUCCUCCUCUGCCAUAGUGGGCAACAAUACAGAAAUGGAGGAAGAAGUUUCAUCAGGGUCAGUUGUUACAAAUCAGGAGCUUAGGGAGGGUACAAAUCAAACAGAUGUGGAAGCAGGAAGGAGCCUAGUAAAGCUGCCUGUGGUGCCUCUAGAGGAAGAUGGACUUCCUGAUGAAAACUGGGAUACAGAUGUGAAUGAAGACCGGUCCUCAGUAGUGGCAGAUGUGAAAAAGAACCAGCAUUUGGCAAAAGAAAAUCCUAGAGCUGUAGAUGUCCUUGAACAGGAGCAAUCUCUUGAGGUAGGCACCCAAAGCGGAUCUCCUGUGGCACAAGUGGAACAGGUAUUACACCUAGUGGAGCCCACUGAAUCAGAGAGAGAGGGAGCCCAGACCCCAACAGGAAGGGGAAAAAAAGCACUUAAGGGCAGAACCAAGGACUCCAAAGACAACUACGAUGAUCCUGAAGAUCUGGACCUUCAAGCUACUCAGUGCUUUGUGGAGAAGGAGAAUCAGAACAUGGAAGCAGUCCAGAAGACGGAGGAUGAACCCACCCAGGCCUUUACAUUUCCCCUACCCCAAGAGCCCAGCCCUUCCCAUUGCAGCUCUCAGACCCCAGGUGCUCCCGAUGAGCCUUGGGAAGUCUUGGCUACUCAGCCAUUCUGUCUGAGAGAGGUUGAGGUCUCUGAGCCCCAGCCCACUGCUGCCCAUUUUGAGGUUCAUGGAUCUUGCCAAUCUCCACCAAGGACAGUGUCAAGAGAACAGCACCCAGAGAGCCCAGUUCACACAGAGCCGUUGGAGAUUGAAGACAAAGGGAUGCAAACUGUGGAAAAAGAAAUGGACACACCAAAAGGAACACCAGAGCCUGUGCAGCCUGAGAGAUGUCUGUCAGAGAGGGAAAUCAAAGAAUGGCCAUCAGACAGAGAGAGAGAAGAUGUGACCAUGGAAAAUGAAUUAACUAGAGAGAUACAGGACAGAGAGCAAAACCAAGUGUUAGCUGGAGAUACUCAGACACAAGAGUCUGACACAAAGGUGAAAAGUAUGAGUCCUAAAAGGGUUAGAGAGAGUUUGGAAUUAGAAAUGGAGACAUCCAAGGAAAUACAAGAAAAGGAGGAGAAGCAGGCCCUUACAAGAGAAAUACUUGAGAGACAGGAAGAUAAGCCAGUGCCAAAGAGAAAAUGUAAGCAAACUGGGUUAGAAGUAACUCUAAGUAGAGAGGAGGCAGAUAAAGGGAGCCAGAACCAGAAAGGGCAAGCCACCAGUCCAACACCGGAGUCUAGAGUGGAAGCACAGUGCCUUCAGGGACUUACUUCAGGCCCAGUAGUGUCUGAGAGCCAGCCAGGUGGCCGAAGGAAAGCCCUAGUGAGCCCCAGAAGGCAGCAAAGAGGCCACUCCAUUCCCAAGAUGCCAGCUGCUAAGAAGGAUUCAAGAGGUGAUCCAGAAUCCCCAGAUGUUUGCCUGCCUGUAUCUGAAGCUUCAGUUCCACCACAGAGUUCAGGACAUCUUGCACCUCCGCCUUUUCUUCCUCCUCCUCCCUCUUCUGAGGCACCCAUCCUUAGCAAAAGGCACAGUGGGAGUCAGGAAGCUCCAGAAACCCCCUUGUCCUCAGAGCCUUUUCCCUCAGAGCAUACUGUUAGGCCUCGACGGUCCUCUAGGAUGACACCCUCUCCACUCUCUACUGUUCCUACCACCCCCAUAGACCAGACCAGCCCCCCCAGGCCUUCAUCUCAGGCAACUCGGACUAGGACACGUAGAUCCUCUGUCAAGACUCCUGAACCACUUGUCCCCAUAGCUUCUGAACUCCAGUCUUCCACCUCCACUGAGCCUAUAUCUCGUGCCACUCGGGGUAGAGCACUUAGAUCCUCUGUCAGGACCCCUGGACCAAUUGUUCCCACAGGCCUUGAACUCCAGUCUUCUACCUCCACAGUCCAGCUUGCCACCCCCAAGCCUACAUCUCACACCACUCGAGGCAAGACACGUAGGUCCUCUGUCCAGACUCCUGGACCAGUUGUCCCCACAGACCCUGAACUCCCGCCUUCCACUUCCACCAUUCAGCCUGUCACCCCCGAGACUGUGGCAUCUCAUGCCACUCGAGGAAAGACACGUAGGUCCUCUGUCCAGACUCCUGGACCAGUGGCUCCCACAGACCUUGGACUCCAGCCUUCUACUUCCUCAGUCCAGCCUGCCACCCCCAAGACUGCAUCUGAAGCCACUCAAGAUAGGACACAUGGGUCCUCUGUUGAGAGCCCUGAUGCAGUUGUCUCCAUAGGCUCCAAAUUCCUACCUUCCCCCUCCACAGAGCAGCGUCCUGUCACCCCUGCGCCCACAUCUCGAGCCACUAGGGGUCGGAAAAAUAGGUCCUCUGUCAAAACCCCAGAACCAGUCGUCCCUAAUGAACUCCAGCCUUCCACCUCUGUUCAGCCUGUCACCCCCAAGCCCACAUCUCGGACUACUAGGAGCAGGGCGUGUAAGUCCUCCAUUGGGACUUCUGAUCCUGAGGGCCCUACCUCCACAGACCAGCCUGUCACCCCUGAGACUGUAACUCAUAGCAGGACUCUAAAUUCUUCAUCCCUAAGUACUACCCCAGUUCUUGCCACCUCUGAAGCCCAGCCUGCUCCCCUAGAACAGGCUCAAGCCACCUGCAUCGGGGAACAGGGUGCUGCUGAAAAACAUGGCUCUUUCACAAGUAUUAACCACAAGCCUUGCUCCGUACUCUCUGAACCUAAAUCCCGAUCCUCAAAUAACCAAAGACCAAGAGCUCGGAAAGCAGUUAAGUCUUUUGGGACCAUUCCUGAGCAUUCCCAGCUUCCUGAGGCACUCACUCACGCUGCCCAGAACCAAGACAUAAAAGCAGAAAGUACAUCUAGAUUCACCCCAGAGCCUCUGCCUAAGUCUUCUCAAAGCCGCAAGAGGCCUUCUGUUUCUAAGGGCUCACCCCCACUUAAAAAACGGCCCCAGAAGACAGUGUUUCCCAAGGAGGAGGAAGAUACUGUGGAGAGGCCCGGAAAGGAAGAGGAUGUCGUGAUCCCAGGACCAAGCAAGAGGAAGAGAGACCAGGCAAAGGAGGGGCCCAAAGGAACACAGAGCCGCAGCCUCAGAGGGGCCAAACCUAGUCAAGGAUCAGCCCCCAGAGUACUCUUCACAGGAGUCUUGGAUGCUCGUGGGGAGCGAGCAGUGCUGGCACUCGGGGGAACUCUGGCCAACUCCGUGACAGAGGCCUCCCACCUGGUCACCGACCGAAUCCGCAGGACUGUUAAGUUCUUGUGUGCUCUGGGAAAAGGGAUCCCUAUCCUCUCUCUUGACUGGCUUUAUCAGUCUCGCAAGGCUGGUCACUUCUUGCCCCCAGAUAAGUAUCUGGUGACUGACCCUGAGCAGGAAAAGAACUUCGGCUUCAGCCUUCGAGAUGCACUCAGCCGGGCUCGGGAGCGAAGGCUGCUGGAGGGUUAUGAGAUUCAUGUGACCCCUGGAGUCCAGCCGCCGCCACCUCAGAUGGGAGAGAUAAUUAGCUCGUGUGGUGGCACGAUCCUGUCCAACAUGCCCCGGCUCUAUAAGCCUCAAAGAGUUGUGAUCACAUGCCCUCAGGAUUUCCCUCGUUGCUCCGUCCCAUCUCGGGUGGGGCUGCCCCUUCUCUCUUCUGAGUUCCUGCUGACUGGAGUUCUGAAGCAAGAAGCCAAGCCAGAGGACUUUGCCUUCUCCUGUGUAGAAAAGUCAUCUACCUGAAAACCCUAGUACCUUUUCCCUCCCAUCCCAGUAAAUAAAGUUCUAGAAGACAUAUGUUAAAAAAAGAAUUAAGGGCCUUAGAAAGGACUUGGGAAAAUAGUUAUGUCUUGUCCUAGAAUAUGGCUGAGACCAAAAGGUUUAUGGGAAAACAAAGAUAGGGAAAUUUGGAAUCAGUUCUAAAAUGGCCAUUUUUAGCAUGGCCAUUCUGCCUAAAUCUGUAGCCAGAUAUGAUGGUGAGCAUCUGUAAUCCUGGCUAUCGAGGAGAGGCAGGAGGAACCAAGAAUUUGAGUUUGAGGCCAGAGCAGCCCAAGUUAGUGAAACUCUAUGUGAAAAAAAGCGUUGGGAGAUGGCUCAAGUGGCAGAGUACUUGCCUA